CUGACCUCCCCAGCUGACAAAAAGAAGGGAGAGAACAACAUAAGCUUCAUUUUCCUACGUUUCUUCUCGGUUUUCCUAACGUUUUCGCAAAAUGUCGGCUGCUGCGGAUGCGAGAGAGCCGUGGGCACAGCUAGUGAGCACGACUGAUGUGGACUCACCGCCAGUUUCCAUCAACAAGGACAAAUUUACCAUCGGCAGAAGAGCUGGUGAUAUGACAUUCCCAGAGAACAAGCUUGUGUCCAGUUCUCACUGUUCACUGCUCAGGGAACCUGCUACAGGAAAAGUGUUUCUACAGGAUACAAGUACUAAUGGAACAAUGAUCAACAACACCAAGGUCGGGAAGGGACAGAAGUGGGAACUAAACCAUGGAGAUGAGAUCCACAUUGUGUUCAAGAAGAACAACACAGAGCAAAACAUAGCAUACCUUUUCCAAGAUUUAUCAAGACUGAAGGAGGAAGAGGAUGAAUCUCUGCUUGACAUUACACAGGAGUAUGGUAGUGACACUGAGGGGUCUACAAUAGACUACACACUACCUAACACAGAGAUGGGUUCAGAAGCCAGUAAUGCCAGUGGAGCCAGUGGUGGAGCUAAGAGACAACUGGAGGAGUUUUCUGACAGUGAACCAGUUCCCAAGAAGCCCAGGGAAGAAACAAACACCAGUACGGGGGAUGCAAAACAGGGCAGCUCCAUGCAGAAGACCAGCAGGGAACCGGCUGCUGCAGUUGCAGCUAGUGCCACAGGAGGCGCUGCUAGUACAUCAGCUGCUGAGCAAGACACCAAAGAUGCAGAAAAAGAAGAUACCACUGUCCAAAGGGGGGAUUCUCAGGUAGCCGGGCCUUCCACAGAAACAGAUGCUGCAGGUUCUAAAGAUGUCAAACCAAAGCCACCCCCACGGGAUGAAAUGGAAGAGACCCUUCUCUGUGGGGUGUGUCAGGAUAUCUUGCAUGACUGUAUCAGUCUGCAGCCAUGCAUGCACUCGUUCUGCGCCGGCUGCUACUCCCAGUGGAUGGACAUGUCUAACCUGUGUCCAUCCUGCCGUAACAAGGUGGACCGCAUCAGUAAGAACCACAUCGUCAACAACCUGGUACAGGUGUACCUCAAGGAUCACCCUGAGAAGAAGAGAAGUGAGGAAGACCUGGCAGAGUUGAACAAAAAGAACAAGAUCACCGAUGACAUGUUGUACCCGAAACACGGCCACCACAGAAGGGAGUACGAGUCCUACAGCGAUGAGUAUAGCGACUCUGACUCUGGUCACGAAGAUGCCAGCCUCAGUGGAGGAAGUACCCCUAGAGGAUGGAGGGCAUAUUAUAAUCCAUACUCAAUGCACCAUCGUCCUCCCCCCAGAACCAUCUGUAGACAGUGUCCUGACUACGCUCCAACAACUGCUACCACUGCAGGUCAGGUCACAGGAACACUGGUCACCCCGCCUGUAUCUACAGGUAUAGCCUCGAGCCCUGUGAGGAUGGGGGAGGAGAUCACCCUGUAUGAUCCACGUGUUGUAGGACCCACAGUAGUGUCUACAGUAACACAUGUAGUGCAACCCCCACCCACAAGUGGAGCUAGUGUCCCAGCUCCUGUAUCCAUGGGACAGGGGAUCUCUAUGUACGAUCCACGUGUUCUUGGAUCUGCACCGGUCCCCCCUGCCUCUGAUCCAGCGGGAUCACAAACGUCAGGUGUUGUUGUGUCGUCUACCACACCAGCUGCAGGUGCUGCUGUACCAACAACUAGAACAGAUUCAACUGUGUCCACAUCAUCACAGGCUUCUCAAGAUAGAAGUCCAGAAGACAGAGCGCGAAGGUUGGCGGGACCGUGCCCUGCCCCUCCGGAGCCGUGCCAGUUUGUGUGCCAGGUGAACCAGAAUCACGUCAUGUGCCAGUGCUGCUGGAAACCCAUGCCUGACAGGACCAGGGAGACGCCCCCCUCCCCACCACAGAAAUGUACCCUCUGCCACCGAGUGUUUUGCCACAUGUACUGGGGCUGUAACAACCCCCGGUGUUUAGGAUGUCUCAACAGCUUCAAAGAUCUGUACUUCGAUGGAAGGUGUCUCAAUGAUCUCAUCAACAACAAUUACUAUGAGUCCAGUAUAUUUAUGAACUACCUGGAUGAUAAGAACCUGACCUUGAGGGACGUUCUUCAGAAAUGUAUGGAGAAACUAGAAGCUGGAGAGUAUACAGUCUCAGAUCCCAAUGCUCGCCCCACCUCCCCACUGACCCCAGACACAGUGAUAUGUUACACCUGUGGACUGAGGAACUUCAGACAACUGGCCUAUCAGUACAGGAGCCACAUCCCACGGGACCAAUUACCAGCUGAAGCAACAUCUAGACCAGACUGUUACUGGGGCAGGAACUGUAGGACUCAACACAGUAAACCUCAUCAUGCCAAAAACUUCAGCCAUAUUUGUGAGCAGACCAGAUUCACAUGAGGUCAAGUAGUCAACCGUAAAUUCUUGUUGCCUCACAAAAGGUGCUGAGCUCAAGGGAUCACUUUUGAGUCUAAAACUAGAUUUUAUGUAAAAUUAACUUGGUGUCGGUGUUGGAGUUAGGAAAGUAUGACCUCUAAAUAGGAAUAUGGAGUUAAGAGAUUAAAACUAGCUAGGAGAAACUCACUGAUAGUCAUAGUAACAAACUUUCCAAAGAAGCUUUUUGCAAUGUUUAUACUAUGGUCCAAAUACACAAAGGUACGUGUAUCAGUUGACAAAAAGAAGCACUCUGAAGUAAUACGUUCAUGUUAUAUAACUACUAGUUUGUGUACAAAUGUAGUACUAAAAUAUGUCAAUAUACAAUGAAGUAAUAAGCUAGAAAACAAUGUUAUCGCCAGUACAUUGUUUAUAAAUCUGACUUUUUUAUCAUUGAAAUGUUUUAACAACAUUGUAUUUUAAGUAUAUGCAUGUACUUAUGUACUUCAAUAUCAUUAUGUUACUAUAACAAUACCUUUUAAAAACUUGGUAAUAUCACAUGAUUACUUCCUUGCUUUGUAUGCACAAAAGUCAUUCCAUCAAACUUCUCAAGACUGUUAGGCAUGUUUGUCUAAGAUUUCAGCUCAGGUAUCAUGAAUAGAAAUACACUGCAGAUGCAUGCCAUGAUAAAACACAGUAUCCAGGUACACUGUAUGUGUUCAAGUAUCACUAUUAGAAUCAGAUAUAUGUACACAUAAUUAGCAUGAAUGGUGCUGUUGAAGGUUUAACAAACCUGAACCAGUUGUUGUUGUUGUUGUUGCUGUUGAAACUAAACAA